GUAUUCAUAAGUGUUAGAUCCCACCUCUUCUCCUCCCCCUCCAUCCUUUUUCUAGGGUUUUAUUUAGGGCUUUUCAACUCUUACAGAGGUGGGUUUUCCCCCUCCUCCUACCUUAUUCACUCCAAUAAUCCUCUAUCUUCUGUGUUCCUUUUUCCUUCCAAAAUAUAGUAGCUAGGGUUUUUAGUAUUACUGCUAAUUAACCAGAUUGCUUUUUUUUUUUUUCUUCUGCAUCUUAAAAAAUAUAUCAGGUUUAAUUUUGUUUUUGUGCCUUUUUUUUCCUUUUGUGUCAGAAAUUGUCUGAGUUGCAGUCUCCAUGCUUAGUGGGGUUUCUUGAUAUGGUAGGUAGUUGUAAGGUUUGAUUGAAAAGGCUUUGUUUCCAAAGGCGUGUUUGAUUAUUUUCAGCUUUUUGGACACUUUUCCAGUCAAAUUUUACUUGCUUUAUAAAGCAUCCAAUAUAUAGGGUUUAGUUUUUCUCUACUUGUUUGUUGAAGUUUUUUUUCUUCUCUCUUGCUUCUUGGCCACCUUCAAAUCCUUCCCCAAUUCUUCUUUGCUCUCUUCAACCAAUGACUCCGUCUGCAAGAACAAGAUCAAAGACAAAAACGACAAGAGAGGCAAAAACAAGAACUCAUUUCAAGAAGAAGCUUGGCCGGCCAAAGACUGCUACUGGUCAAGAUAUUGCAACUCCGACGACUUCGCCUUGGAAUUCAUCCUCCGUGGUCUGCAACGAUGCUCCGAAGAUUCAAGGUGGCGUAGAUGAUUUGGAGGCUGUUGACGAUGUCUCUACUACAAGUGCCUGCUCCACACCGAAAGCUCAGAGAUUUCGGAUACCGGAGAUUUUGACCUGUCCACCGGCGCCUAAGAAGAAGAGGGUGAUUUCAUCAAACUUCUUGUUUCGGAGAUCUCCAAUCGCCUUCUUUGCUCCGCCGGAUUUAGAGCUCUUCUUCUGCUUUGCAAAUGGCGGUAUUUCAGUUUAAAUCAAACUUUGUGUUACAUUUCGUGGAAUAUAUACAUAAAUAAUCUCCGUAGAAGGUUGUUAUCUUUACCAUCAAAUUAGUUUUAGUUUAGUCUCAUGGGAUGAGAUUUUGAGUUGGGAGAAAGCAAAUUAUUGGCCCUUGCUUUUUCUUUGCCAACUAUCUAAGUUGGGUUUUCAAUUUCUAGGGUAUACUAAGCAGUAAUUAAAUUAGCUGGGGCUGUCCAACUAAUUCAUUUUAGCCUUUUUUUUUUUGCUUAUUUUUUAAUGUAUUGCUGACCUUUUGAGUUUGGUGAGUGAAAUGUAAUGGAAGGGUUUGAAGUUUGAGUGUGGUUUGUUAAGUCAAAUUAGUAAGAGAAGCAUAGACACUUCUUUUAUUGUGUGUAAACCCUUCUUAAGUUAAUGAAGAUUGAAAGUUUAUGUA